UUUUUUCUCUGAUAAACAAAAAAGUAUUUGAAGUUUUCUGAAUUUUCCCAAAACUUGUUCCUCAUCAGAUAAUUCCCUCAAAUCGACAGCGGCGUACGGACCGACGCCGUAGAAAUGCAGUAAACGCCACAAAAACGGCGGUGAAAGUCGAACUCGGACUAACGAGUAAAUCACAGAAGAGUUUGUCUCCGGUGUGAAAAUGCCGAGUUCGUGUAGUAUCAGAGCUCUCUGGAUCCUCACCAAUCAAGACACCGUUGUUUUCUCCCGGAGAUUUCCGGUGGUGGAGAAGCGGUGGCGGGCGGCAUGCGAGAGGGAUAAGAGUUUUAUGGAGGAUGAUUUGAAACAUAAUGUGGUGCCUUCUCUUCCUACUGAUUCAGAGAUUGCUGAUGCUUUCGUUGACCGCAAGAAAAGGGAGGGAUCUGCUCGUGGAUUUGGCAUUAGGAUAAAUCAGUCAGUUGAAGGUUCAGAUUCAUGGGUUGAUGAUCCGAUUACGCGCCACAUAAUAAGUUUGUGCACUAAAAAUGAAGAGGAAAAGAAACUUGUUUUGUGGCCAUUUAUUUUGCACAUAAAGGGACACUACUGUAUCCUUGUACUGCCUUUAGUGGAACCAGAUCAUUUAAAAACGUAUACAAGGAUGUGUAAAAGAUCUGACUGUGGAAAUGCUGUUGGAGCUGAUGAAAGUUUAUCCCCCCUCCUGCUCAAUCUUCCAUCAAUCACAGGGGCAUUUAUGGUUGGUCACAUGAUAGGAGACAUCAUAACAGGCGAUGUGACAGAACCUGAAAUAGUCAUAAGUGCAUCUCCAUCAGUGGGUGGGUUGUUGGAUUCUCUCACCGGAAGUAUUGGUAUUUCAGCAAGAGCAAAACCUGUAGCUGCUCCGGUUGCAGGAUCAACAGCUUCUGGAGCUGCAGCAAGCGGAGCAAUGGCAUCUGAUGCUCCAAAGAUUGGUUUGAGGUCUCUGGAUAGAGAUGCGAUUCGCUCUUUCAUAAGCAGUGCAAUGCCUUUUGGCACCCCUCUGGAUCUUAACUACACCAACAUUUCAGCAGUUAAGAUAAAUGGAUUUUCUUCAGCAGACAUCCCUCCUGCAGAUCAGAAGCAGCCAGCAUGGAAACCUUAUCUUUAUAGAGGGAAGCAGAGAAUUCUUUUUACAAUUCACGAGACAGUCCAUGCUGCCAUGUAUGAUCGCGAUGAAAUUCCAGAUAGCAAAAAGAUUUCAGGUCAAGUUAACUGUCGAGCGGAAUUAGAAGGACUGCCUGAUGUGAUGUUUCCACUAAUAGGUUUGGAUACUGCUCGUGUUGAGCUGUUAUCCUUCCACCCCUGUGCUCAAGUUCCAGAGCAUGGUAAUGAGAAGCAAUCACUUAUGUUCUCACCACCAUUAGGAAAUUUUGUAUUGAUGCGUUAUCAGGCAUUUUGUGGUAUGGGACCUCCAAUUAAGGGUUUUUAUCAGCUUUCAAUGGUUUCUGAAAAUGAAGGUGCAUUUUUGUUUAAGUUACGGCUCAUGGAUGGUUAUAGAGCUCCUCUGUCAAUGGAUUUCUGCACUGUGACAAUGCCCUUCCCUAGGAGAAGGGUACUUUCUUUUGAUGGCACACCUUCUAUUGGAACAGUUUCAGUUGCUGAACACUUGGUUGAAUGGAAAAUUAUAACGACUGGUCGAGGAAUUUCAGGAAGAAGUGUUGAGGCAACAUUUCCAGGAACAGUGAAGUUUGCUCCAUGGCAACCUCAAAGAUUGCCUACCUCAGGGGCAGUACUUGGGAAUAUGGAAGAUGAAGAGAGUGAUGCUGAAACAGAGUCAACAAAUAAUAUGGCAAAUGUGGAAGAUUUCUUAAUGGAAAAAAUGAACAAGGAUCUUCAAGCAGUUGAUUUGGAGGAGCCAUUUUGCUGGCAAGCAUAUGAUUAUGCUAAAGUAUCUUUCAAGAUAAUGGGAGGAUCAUUAUCAGGAAUGUCUAUUGAUCCAAAAUCUGUAAGCAUUUUCCCUGCUGUUAAAGCACCCGUGGAAUUUUCAACUCAGGUGACUUCUGGGGAUUAUAUUUUGUGGAACACAUUAGGAAAAUGUCCGGUUGCUGCCACACCCAAAGCAUAGAGUUGCAAAAUAUAUUUUGGCGUAUCUGAUUAGGAGCAAAGGAAAAUGUCCGGUUGCUGCCACACCCAAAGCAUAGAGUUGCAAAAUAUAUUUUUUGCGUAUCUGAUUAGGAGCAACGACAGACAGUUAACUUGUCGGAUGGCUGCUGAGUUUGAGAUGUGGGCAUCAAAGAAGCUGUAUGCGAAAGAGAUGCAUUGUGGGACAGUUCUGUGACAAGAUGCAGUUACAUUGCUCAACUGGGAAGUGGGUGUCUCUUGUUUCUUGGCAUUUGGUAUAUGUGGGACAAGAUUACAUGAGACGUGUGUACAACUACUUCGUGGAUGUUCAGGUUAUACAUAAUUAGUUAGCUGUAUAGGUUAUGAGAACUAACUGCAUACAUGCUUGUGUUGUCUUGAUGUUUCUACUAGGUGAAAGAUACUCUUCUGUUGCUAAAGAGACUGAGUCUCGUGCCUUCUGCUAUUAUACAUGCUUUAGCGAGAAACUUGAUCAGCAGCUUUCCCUUGCUUCAUUCAACUUCUAUAAAACUAGAAAGAUGCUGAGAUUUCUAGCUCUUGGUGAAUUGCUUUCUAAUUUGUGUAGACACUGGAGUUCAUUGAAUUGGAGCCUUCUCGACUGAAAGACUUCCGUCUGUUGUAAGAUAAAUCGGUAGAAGUCUAUUUCUGUUGUGAACGUACCUACGGAUUCAUGAAGGGAGCAUUCAAAAUUAACACUUUACCUUUACAAUCAAGAAUGAUGAAUGUACAAAUUCUAAUAAGGGGAGAACAAUUAAGUUCAUUCCACAUUUUCCUUUCUUA